CUCGUUUGGGAUAGACUAAGUGGACGAGGUAGGGUUUAUUGGCCCCUGCCAAGGAAGUGAAUGAACAGCCAUACCGGAAGAGAAACAGAAGUGUUACACAUGUUUAUCCUCUUGUUGCUAUAAGCAGUUACAGCUGACAUAUGAAAGCAAAGAAAACACCAAAACUGUAACAGAUAAUUGUUAUGCUUUGGUGCUCUUUCUAUUUCACAUUAUCACCUGAGUCUUAUAUAUACCCUAUCCAAGCCUCCCUUAUAGCAAACACAAGAAAGAAGCACAAAGAGAAUACAAAGUUGAAAGGCCAAACUCAAAACUUUUUCAAGUGACCUAUAUUACAAAGGAAAGAAAGAUGAAGGGAUUAGUCAUAGUGAUGAUCGUCCUAGCCAUGGUACAGAUCAUGGCAGAGCCCACCCGAGCCAUCACCUGUGGCCAAGUUGACGCCUGCUUGGUUCCAUGCAUGUCCUACCUCAUGGCAGGGGGGACUCCACAACCGGCAUGCUGCGAUGGGGUGAAGAACCUGAAGGGAAUGGCUUCAACUACAGCAGACAAGCGAGCAGCGUGCACCUGUGUCAAGGCAGCAGCUAAUCGCUACCCAAACAUAAAAGACGAUGUUGCCCAAGCUCUCCCUUCCAAGUGCGGUGUUCAAAUGGAUAUCCCAGUCUCCAAAACCACCAACUGUGACGCCAUCAACUAAGGUGGAGGGGAUGAUGCGUACCACAAAUAAGCCAAAGGGAGAACAAGAUAUUGCCAAAUAAUGGUUCCAUUGAGAGAACCUUAUGUAAUACAAUAGCUUUACCAAGCUUCAUGUCAUAGUUUAUGCAGGCCUCUUAGGCUAAAUAUUUGCUUUAUCUGAUGCAAGCUAAGAUUGUUACCAUGUGUGUGCGUCGCAAAACUUCAAACAGCAUACACAUAGAAAUUUCAAUUACGACG